AUGAAUCGCGCUUCUUCCAGAAAUAUGGAAUCAUUACCUAAACAGUUUGUUUCGGCGAUGCGUACCCUGUUCGAUAUUAUGGACGACAAACACACUGGGUAUGUAAAACUCACCGAUAUAGAAAACCGUUGGAGAGACGACCGUACAAGAGGCUUACCUCGAGGAGUCAUAGAAAGUUUACAGAAAGUGGCUUCACCCGAUGGACUGUUAACCUUUGAAAGAUUCUGCACUGGGCUCAAAAUCUGCCUGUUACGUAAUCAGGUUGAUAACAAUUCGGGCAAAGAUGAUAGAUUUAGCGAUGAUGUUGAAAGCACAGGCUUACAUCCACAAAUGGUCUCUCAAACACAUCGGCCGCCAUCAGCACCGCUAUUAGAUGUAAAUGAUUCCCAGAACAUAGAAAGAAAUUGGAUGGUUUUAAAAAGCUCUGAAACUUCUUCACAACACCGCACGAUAAGUAUGCCCCAACUAAUAGGACGUAAAGAGGCCCUAGUUCCAGAACCCCGCCACUUAGGACCGGUGACUAUUUCGAAACACGACGGGUCUCGAAGAGUUUACGGACCUCCAAAACCUCCACGACUUGAAAAACCAACUACAGAAAGAAAUGAAACAUCGAAGUCUAGUUAUAAAUCUGAAGAAGAAAUUGUAUUUGACAGUGAAGAGUUAUCUGUUGAUAAAAUUGAUUUUGAAGAAAUGUCUCGAGCUGUAGAAGAGCAAAGUAGAGGGCUCGGUGAUGGAAGAUCAGCGAAUGAACCCCAAUCUCAAAUGCGGCGAGUCUCACGUCGGCGUGAACCUCGGCGCCAUACUUUGCACAAUGGUGUGGACUACAAUCUUCUGAAACGCAUGAAACAGAUAGAGCAGGAGAAAGAUGUUCUUUUGCAAGGCUUAUCAGCCGUAGAAGAAGCUCGAGAGUGGUAUUUAAAACAGUUAGCAGAAGUUCAAGAAAAAAUGCGUUACGCGGGUAGAAUGGGUGCAUAUGUGGAACCAUGGAGUGAAGCGCAUCAAGAGCGUUUAGAAUUACUAAAAGCACGAAUAUUAGAACUGAAUCGUCAACUGGGAGCAUUGGCAGCAGGUUGGCGACAUGGGCAGCUGUCGCUCCAUAUGAACUUAGCAUUACCUGCGGCUUCGCUGUCCGCUACAGGAACCAGUGCUACGCCAAACAAUGCAACGGUACUUCGAUCACAAAACCGAAUGCUUGCAGAGGAAGUCAACAGAAAAAACGAGAGAAUAACAGUGUUGGAACGCGAAAAAUCAGCACUCAUCAGAGAACUGCUACUUCAAAGGAACAGAUCAAAAUUAAUUGAUACUUUUACAUAG